CUAUUAAGCGGAAUCAAGUAUUGUCACUCCCGCGGUGUCCUUCAUCGCGACCUAAAACCUCAAAAUCUACUUAUCGACUCGGCCGAAACCUUAAAGUUGGCAGAUUUCGGUUUGGCGAGGAUAUACCCCCAUCGACCGAGCUCAGCGAGGCCUCUCACACACGAGGUGGUCACUCUGUGGUACAGAGCUCCGGAACUACUUCUCGGCUCACCAUUUUACUCAACAGAAGUCGACAUGUGGAGUGUCGGAU